UUAACGAACCAACAUCCAAAAUAUAAACAUGCCGAGUUUUUUUGUUUUCGUGGGGUUUUUCUUAACCCUAAGUUGCCGGUUUAACCUGUUGCUGGCGAAGAACAAGACCUGUGAUAAGCUGGUGGCCGAACUAGCCGACGGUCAGAGCAAGCUCAUCUACUGCGCCACCACGCACUCGGUGCCUGUGAAUCUGUGCGUCGGAUGCAAGAAUUUAUACCAAAGCAUGAGCCAGGAGUAUGGAUACCUCUUAGCCGAUGUCAACUGCUCCAAGCGGUACCUCAACUCGGACCGGAUCAACAUUGUGGCCACCACCCAGGGUAUCCUGACCAGCCUGUGGCAGAAGGCGAACUGCGACAAUUGCUUCACGAACGACUAUUGGCCCGAAUUCGAUAAGUUUUCCACCGAUUUGGAGUCCUGCUUGAAAAGCUAUAAUUCUGAUGAUGUUUGCAGUGCCUGUAAGCCCUCUUAUCUUGCGAUGAACCAGUUCUAUCUUAAUAUGGAAUCGAAAGUGGGUGGCAAAGUGUGCUUCGAUCUGCAAGACAAUAUGAACCGCACCCGUUUGAACUGGUCCAAGACACUGAACUGUUGUCAGCGCGAGGUGAAGCUAACCAACUUCCUCAUCGCUGUGGGAGUGGUGGUCCUGCUGCCUAUUUUAACUUUCUACAUCACGGCAAUCGUGGUGACCAAGCGGAGGGAAGGAAACCACGGCUUGCUCAACGAACAGGAACCAGAGCUCGAUGCUCCCUCCACUUCGGCACUUAUCACGGCCGCCGUGCUGUCCACUCGAACCGAAGAACCUGUUGUAGUGUCGGCCCGAUCGGAGAAAAUAGCCAAUGUGUUGAGCGGAGCUGGAGCUCACAUAUCGGAUGAUUCUGACCAUGAUGAGCCUGCCGUAAUACAAAAAUCAAAAGGCAAAGCUGUUCCCGAAUCUCAACAGGACUCCUCCAGCGAUGAAGGACUCGCCGAAUCACCAAAGGUAUUGAGUAAAACUCAUAAUAUCUUGGAGUCCGACUACUCCAGUGAUGAUGAACCUCUCGUUAAACCCAAAACGGCGUAAAAAAGCCAGGCAGAGCGUUUUCUAAGGCUAAAAAACAAAGUUUUACGUAAGCAUUUUAAAAAACUUAUCACUAAGGCCGAACCAAACUGGCAACUAUUCAUGUGGCGGUUUAUGGUAUCCAGCUGCCUUAAAAAUGGGCUUGUGCCCAACCUACUACUCCUCAAUAGUGGUUAUCGCAUAUAUUAUAUGUUUCUCUCUAACAAAAGUAUAGCCAUUACCAGAUGUGAUAUCACAAUAAAACACCAAACCUUUAUAUAUUUAUAA